GAGUAGCGAGCGCUAUGUGUUGUUAAAUACCUACCUUUGUACUGAGUGGAGUAGUCUCAUAGUGACGCGCGAUCUGCCCGUGCGAGGUCGUCUGCUCGCUCUCCCCGCCUCAGAUCUUAUCAUGUUUAUACUCAUAACCAGCUUUGCGACUUCGACGUUGUUGCUCACAGUUCUCGCCUCGACAUCAGCCCCUGAAUUUGUGGCGCUACCGUGCAACCUGCUGAACAAUGAGAAUGGCACGUGCAUCCCCGUCAACUCGUGCGCGCUGGCCAAGCAGCUGUUCCAGAUCCACGACGUCGCCUUCCUGCAGAGGAUCACCUGUGGCUUCGACCGACAUACCCCCUUAGUAUGUUGUCCAGACGUGUCGACCGACGCGAUACAAUUCAACGUUUCCGAGUCCACCACUGUGGCACCCGUCACCAACCAGACCACUCCGGAACUAAAACCAGAAUCAGAGAAUGCCAUCACAACUCCCAUUGCGAGCAAUAGUUCGUAUACAACGCCACUGAUUGUGCUGAAGCAACCGGAAGUUCAAGAUACUCUGGGUGGUAUGAGUGGCGUGGUGGCGCCGGCUACGGAAGCUAACCCGCCGGCAGGACUGGUCCAGUCUACGUUGCUCCCCAGCAGGAAGACCUGUGGCAUCAGCUCGGCAGUCAAUGAGAGGAUCGUCGGGGGCGACUUGGCCGACAUUGACGAGUUCCCGUGGAUAGCUCGCCUCAAAUUUGUCAAGGAGGGAGAUCAAAAAGAAAUAUAUGCUUGUGCGGGAUCGCUCAUCAACAGGAGAUAUGUGUUGACUGCAGCUCAUUGCAUGGUAAACAAGGUGUACAAAUUAGCAGCCGUGCGUCUAGGCGAGUGGGACACGGAGAGUGCCGUGGACUGCGUGGGCACCGACUGCAGUGACCCGGCCAUAGACGUGGACAUUGAGGAGAUCAUCGUACACCCCGACUUCGACGCUGAUGUGAUAUCCAAGGCUGACAUCGCGCUCGUGAGGCUGAAUAGAACCGUUCCUUAUACCGAUUUCGUGAGGCCAAUAUGCCUGCCCACGACGGAGUACGUAAAGGGCAUGGACUACUUCGAGGGCAACACCUACCGCACUGCUGGCUGGGGCCGCACCGAGUCCGGCGGCAAGGCGUCCAUCUUGCGCAAAGUGGACGUCGGUGCAGUCCCCAUAGACAUCUGCAAGGUGUCGGUGCCCAAGAUGUCCCCAGAGCAGUACGACACAGUCAUCUGUGCAGGCGGCCGGAAGGGCCACGACACCUGUGCCGGGGACUCGGGCGGAGGACUCAUUAAGGCCGUCGUGGAGGAAAAAUAUAACAACUUCUUCCUCUUCGGAAUCACCAGUUAUGGAAUGAAAAGGUGCGGCACGGAAGGUGUGCCCAGUGUUUACACCAGAGUCACUCCUUACAUGGACUGGAUCCAGCAUAAUCUGAAACCUUAGCGUGGUGGAGCGGUCUGGUCUACCGAUGAAAUGGUAUUGCUUGUGCGUGUGACUAUUUGAUCCUCCUUUGUUAAGAGUGUGCAUAUUAGGUGUAGCAAUUCAUGAUUUUAAAUCCGUUAAUGAAUAAUGCCGUAAAGGAAAAUGUUUCCAAUUAAUUAAACAGUAAAUAAAGUAUUAUAGGUAGAUUAGGUAGUUAUUUAAUAAUUAGUAGUUAUACUUACUUUUACUCCACUUCAUUCGUUUUCUUUCUUCAUAAGUUUAGUAAAUUAGCUGCUGACUUAAAAAAAAUAUUUUGUUAAUAAUUUUUCAUUGUGAACUAUUUAGUACCUACGUACUACGUUGCGUAGUCAAGUUAUGGGUACCUAAGUAUGGAAAUAAAACCAACUUCAGUUUCCAAGCUUUAGUUCAUUUAUAUUUCGUCUAAUCCCACACUGUAUUCUACCAAGAAAUUUUAAUACUAUUUUACAAAAGUGUGAUUUUAGUUUUUUGACAUGAUAGGACCUACUAAUUAAUUACGCUAAGUUAUUUGUUAUUAUUUUGUACAUACACGUUAUCAAAUCGAA